AUGUCUACUCUCCGGAUCCAGAGAGUAGCUGACGUUAUCCGCAGGUCAACAGCUAUGGUUGUUGUGGCAUUUGCAGCCUCUGGAGACCUGAGGCUUCUGCUGGAGGAGCUGUCGCUCGAGCCAUCUCCACCUCGCCAGUGGAUAGGCAGUGAAGCCUGGGUAACAAACACAGAAUUGCUGAGGUUCAGCUUCUGUGCUGGAGUCAUUGGAUUUGCCAUCAUCCCAGGUCUGAGAGACUUCUUGCUGGAUCUCUCUCCCUCUAAAGUGGCUGCCUCGCUAGUGCUUACUGAGUUCUGGGAGGAUGCAUUCAACUGCAGGCUGGGAAAAAGUGAGAAAGUUGUUCCUGUGUCAGUGUGCACUGACAGCUGUCCUCCAGGAACUCGUAAAGUGCUGCAGAAAGGAAAACCCAUUUGCUGUUAUGAUUGCAUACCGUGUCCAGAGGGAGAGAUUAGUAAUGCUACAGAUUCCCCUGAUUGUCUCCCUUGCCUCAAGGAGUUCUGGCCUAAUGCAGAGAGAGACACUUGUCUCCCCAAGCCUGUAGAGUUUCUUUCCUACAACGAGGUCCUAGGAAUCAUCCUGGCUGCAUUCUCAGUUUGUGGUGCCUGUCUGGUCAUUAUAACAGCGACUGUGUUCUAUCGUCACAGGACAUCCCCGAUUGUCAGGGCCAACAACUCUGAGCUGAGCUUCCUGCUGCUCUUCUCCCUGACUCUAUGUUUCUUAUGUUCAUUAACUUUCAUUGGAGAACCCUCUGAGUGGUCCUGCAUGCUGCGCCACACAGCGUUUGGGAUCACCUUCGUCCUCUGUAUGUCUUGUGUUCUUGGAAAAACAAUAGUAGUGUUAAUGGCCUUCAAAGCUACACUCCCAGGUAGUAAUGUCAUGAAAUGGUUUGGUCCUCCACAGCAAAGAAUAACUGUAGUGUCUUUCACGUUUAUUCAAGUUUUAAUAUGUACUAUUUGGUUGGUUCUUAGCCCCCCUUUUCCAAUGAAAAACCUAACCAUAUACAAAAAGAGAAUCAUCCUGGAAUGUGCAUUAGGCUCACCUAUUGGGUUCUGGACUGUGCUCGGGUACAUAGGCCUACUGGCUAUCUUUUGCUUUGUGUUAGCUGUCCUAGCUCGGAAAUUACCUGAUAACUUUAAUGAGGCCAAGCUCAUUACCUUCAGCAUGCUGAUAUUCUGUGCAGUCUGGAUCACCUUUAUUCCUGCAUAUAUCAGCUCUCCUGGGAAAUUUACUGUGGCUGUGGAGAUAUUUGCCAUUCUGGCCUCCAGUUUUGGACUAAUACUGUGUAUAUUUGCUCCCAAGUGUUUCAUCAUAUUGUUUAAGCCUGAGAAGAACACCAAGAAACAUUUAAUAAACAAAAAUCAAUACUAA